AUGCUUGAAGAAAAGUGGCUGGGAAGAAUUAGAAUGGGAAAAAUAGUAAAUAAAUGUUGUAAUCAGAAGAAUAAAGGUUGUUUGGUUUCUAUUUCAGUACUAUAUGUUCCCCCAGUUGUAUAG